GGGGCCGCAACAUCUGAAAGUUUUAAACCUCUGAUCGCUUUAGGUGAUGCAAAGCAAGCCUGGAGUUUCUUCCAACGUGUGGAAGGAAAGCCAAGUCCACAUCAUGGAUCGCUACAGUCCGGGACGGAUUUAACUGCUGCGGCAGAGCGUUCGGCUUCAUCCUUAUGUGGAAAACGUUGAAGUAAAGGGAAGCGAUAAAAGCUGUGGAAGAAUAUACACAUACGUAGCCAAGAUUGAAAUGCAUUUGGCAUCGAGCUGCAGUAUUUUCCGCAGCAGCUUCGGAAGAUACUUAAAGGACUGAAAUGCAAAAAGGGGCUCAAUACGCGCCGUCCAGGGAAAAGGUGGAUGACAGGAGAAUCGGCUGCGUGGGAAAGUCAGGACCUCUGUGAACGUCUUGCUGUGGAGGUUCUACACGUGAUGGGAUUAUUCCAGCACUGGCGUUUACUGCAGCGAUCCUGCUAACUUUGCACCCUAAAUCUUUCACUGAUCAUCAUUUCAUAAGACUUUUCAUUCUGCUCAAGGGACGAUGUGUCUUGUGCACCGACCCUGAGUGGCCCCAGCAGAUCCUGCGCCUGUGCUCGUGGGACCCAGUGACCAUGCUGACCGAGUGUCCCAAAGCAGAGAGAUCAGAGCCACCGCCCACGCUCAGGCCCGCUGUGGUACCAGCAGCAACAUGUCUCAACCGGUCAAUAACAGUUCACACGCAGACGAGGCACCUGAGCUCCAGCUAAGAUGGGCCGCCCUGCUCAUCGUCAUGGUCAUCAUCCCCCCCAUCGGAGGAAACAUACUGGUCAUUCUGGCCGUGUCGCUUGAAAGAAAGUUGCAAAAUGCCACCAACUACUUUCUGAUGUCGCUUGCCGUCGCUGAUCUGCUGGUGGGACUUCUAGUGAUGCCCAUCGCACUCGUCACUAUUCUUUACAACUCUAGGUGGCCCCUGCCGGAUUUUCUCUGCCCAAUCUGGCUCUUUCUUGAUGUGCUCUUCUCUACAGCGUCCAUUAUGCACCUAUGUGCCAUCUCACUGGAUCGCUACAUCGCCAUCAAGAGGCCGAUCCAACACAGCCAGUACAAAUCCAGAGCCAAGGCACUGGCCAAGAUCGCACUCGUUUGGCUCAUAUCCAUUUGUAUUGCGAUCCCAAUCCCAAUAAAGGGGCUGAGGAAUCUUCACAAUAACAUCACCUUCAACAGUAACCAUACAUGCUUACUGAAGCCAGACACCUUCUCAGAGUUCAUCAUCUUCGGCUCCCUGACCGCAUUCUUCAUCCCUUUGGCCAUCAUGAUGAUCAUCUACCUUCUCACUGUGCAAGUGCUGCGCAAAAAGGUUUAUUUGCUCCGGUCAAAGGUAACUCAGCGCUUAAGCUCCUCGCCAAUCUCCACGGUUUUCCAAGGCGACCCGGCCUCAGCUUCUCCACAAGCUGAGCAAAUGAACAUGCUGGAUAUCAGACUUUCCAGGCUUCAAGAAAAAGCAAACGGUGGGAUGAUGAACGCUUCCACGGAGAAUGAAAUAUCCUUUCGCAGAAUGUCGACGAUGGGCAAGAAGUCAAUGCAGACUCUGAGCAACGAGCAGCGCGCCUCAAAGGUGUUGGGCAUAGUCUUCCUCCUGUUUGUCGUCAUGUGGUGCCCUUUCUUCAUAACAAACAUCACCUCAGCACUGUGCUCCAGCUGUGUUGAGAAAGUCAUUUCCCGUCUGAUGGAGAUCUUUGUAUGGGUUGGUUACGUGUCAUCAGGGAUUAAUCCCCUGGUCUACACACUUUUUAAUAAAACCUUCAGGGAAGCGUUCACACGUUACAUCAUCUGCAAAUACAAAAGCUGUGCGAGAGAUAGGCCGGGACGGCAGCUUGGCUCAGCCGCUGCAGACUGGACCCUUACAAGCAUUUCAUUUAAAUCUUCCAUGGCAGAGAACUCAAAACUGUUCAUGAAGCAGGGAAUGAAGAACGGCAUUGGAAGAAUGAGCUACCAAAGCCCUCGAAGGUGCCAGCAAGCUGUGCAGUCACCAGGGGAGGUUCUGUUGAACACAAUUCUUUUGACUGAAAAUGACGAUUUUAAGCAGGAAGAACAUGUAAGCUGUGUAUAACACAAAGAUGAACUAAAUUAAAUAUAACGUGGAUGGGUUUUAUGGCGCAUAUUCAAUCUCAAAGACAAAGGCUUGCCAAUAAAAAGAAGCAGUCAACCUGCAACGAUGUGACAUAAUGAUGCCUGGACAAGAACAAAACCUUGCAGAGCCUUGCAAAAGUGUUCCUACCCCUUUAACAUUUUGUCUUGUUACAACUCACAAGUUACCAGUUUACCGCGGUGGGAGAGGAACUAUGUUGUUUCCAACAUAAGUCUUGAUGCAAGGCUGCUAGGUGCAGACACACACACGGAGCAGGGAGGGGGAGAACAAAGCUAAACGCCAGUGUUCCCCUGGUAGCUUUAUUGAAAGGGCGAGGUAGACCCCCCUUCCACCGACAGUCAAGUUAAUUUUUAAAUAGCUCAGAGCGUGAAGUGGAGAGGAAAAGAAAAAUCAAUCAUGGUGGUUAGUGUCCUUGUAUUGAAGCCAAAACUCAAAUUCACCUGGCACUUUAUGCCAGGCGUGCACUUCAAAUAAAGCACGGUGGUAAAACAUGCUAACAUAAAUAUGCUUUGAUCUGAACGGUCGUAGCUCAGGCUGCAGGUUUAGUCGUUGCACCGCUGGAAGGUGAACCUAACAGACCCAUGUCUUUCGCAGCCUCUUAAAAGCUUCAAAUCAGCUUCGCUCUUUCUGUUGAAGACGUGUCCCCAAAACAUAGCAAUACCCCCAUCACGUUGCACCCUGAGAAUGGUGUGUUCAGGGUCAUGUACAGUCUUAGUUUUCUGUUACAAAUGGUGUUUGGAAGGUAGGCCUAAAAAUUCAACAUUGGUCUGAUUUGAGCAGAGCUCCUUCUUCCACAUGGUUGCUGUCACUUCUCUGAUUAAUACUCUCCUUGCCUGGGCUGUCAGUUAAGAUAGACGGCCAUAUCUUGGUACUGUGGUAGUUUCGCCAUACAGUUUCCACUCUCAGACUGAACAGGGCUCAGUGAGAUGUCCAUAGCUUGCAAUAUUGUUUUAUACCCCAACCCUACUUUAGAUUUCUCCACAACUUUCUUCCUGACCUGUCUUCAUGAUGCCGUUUGCUCACAUUAUUUAUCACAUUAAAUCCCGAAUACAGAACAUUUAAUUUUGAGGUUGUAACUUGACAAAAAAAAAACAUCAAGGGGUUGAAAAACGUUUGCAAGCCAUUGUACCUUGUUGUUGUCUAAAGUUGCCGAUUUAAUCAGAGUCAAAUCUGUCUCCUACUUUUAAAUCCAUAAAACAACAUUUGCAUCAUCUUUGUAGACUGUUGCUCAGCAGACCUUUGAACACGGCUAAUGUUUCUAAGGUAAUUUGUUAAUAUACAUGGAGAAAGUGUUUCAGUUUCCAGACGGCAUUCAGAGAAGAGCUGAAAAUAAGCUGCACCAGUUUCACUAAACGAAGAGAAUGUACUGAAUAGGAACCCAUUCCACCAAAUUUAGGCCAAAAGUUAUGACAACCUGCAAAAAUCGCUGAAUGCUGUAUAUAAUAAAAUCAUAUUCCUAUUCUGAUCCUUCAAUUUGGACUGUCUAAAUAUGCAGCAAGCACUCUCAGACCACAUGCAUGCACAUGCAUGCUUACAUUUUAAGACAAAACUGACUGUAAAAGGGCAAAUUCUUUGCACUCUUAAAAAUAUACUUUUUUAAUUUGCUGAAUGAUUGGAAAUCUUGUAUGUGUAUUGCAGCCUGCUGGUUUGACAUGUUAAGAAGGGUUUUGGAAGAUCAGUACAUUCUAUAUGAACGAACUAGGAGAAAAAACGGAGACCUGAAUGUUUUAAAUAAAGCUCUUUGUUUUGAGUCCAGUGCAGUUCUAAGCUUUGAUGUUCUUUUAUUUAAUGCAGAAUAUUAUCUUGUAAUUCUUCCUUUAAAAAAAAAAAAACUUCCCAACAUAGAAAGAUAUUGUCUUUUUUUUUUUUAAAUAACUAAAGAAACAAAGUUUGAGGGGAACAGGAACAUAGUCUGGCUAAAUAUUACAUUAGCAUGUUCAAUAAUGUAUAAAUCGAAUAUAUUAGCCGAUAAUUACUGAAUAUUGCUCACAUUUAUAUUGCGAUGGCCAUAUAUUCGCAAUACAUUGUUCAGCUGCCACUCCUUUUUGUGUUCAUACAUCAGAUAAUGGCUAUGUAUUAACAGAUCUAGCUUAGAUCAUUUAGAAAAUAUGAUUAAAGGAGCAAGAAAUACCAGAAUAGCACAGAGCUAAAGAAGCUUUGCCAUCAAAGUGUGAGACAGAUUUAUUUUAGCUUAGGCCAGUGACUCCUUACAAGAGCUCUAUUUAUUUAUAAUGAAAAAGAGAAACACGAUAGACUCAAACUUGGAGUUGACCUGAUAGCUUGGUAGUACGCAUGCACUAAAUGAGUCAUUGGGGUUGGAAAAGUGUGGACAAAGUGUAAUCCUGCGGUUCAUGAGUCUUUCUAAACAAAGGAGAUUUAUGGAGGGUCCUUCUAGCUGCAAACUGAUCACAUACACCAUUCAGAGCCUUUUUUGGACUUCAAUGUGUACACACUGAUUUUUAUUUGAUGUGCCAUUAAACAAUGCUUGGUUUUAAUGAUUAGAUUGAUAUUAAUGUAAGAGAGAAAAGUCUCUGUAAAUGGAGUGCCUAGCAAAGUAUUCACAGCCCUUUAUUAUUUUCAUAUUUUGUUGCAUUUAUGAUCGUGACAACGUAGGCCUCAGUGGGUUUGGUUGGGAUUUUAUGUGACAGACCAACAGAACAGAGUUCAUGAUAUUCAUUUUCUUCAAAUAAAUAUCUGAUAAGUGCAUAAAUAUUCAUCCCCAAAUUACAGCUGCAGGUCUUUAGCGUUAUGUCUCAACUAGCUUUGAACAUCUAUUCUUCUAUAUAAAGUAGCUCAAGUUCAGUUAGGUAGAGAACAUCUGUGAAAAGCAAUUUUCAAAUUUUUCCACAGAUUAUUUGUUUCUGGACUUUAAAAGGCCCACUCUGACACGUUAAUAUGCUUUAAUUUAAAUCAUUCCUCUAUAGCUCUAACAGGAUGUUUGUAGUCCAGCUGGAAGGUGGAGCUCCACCACAAGCCUUUUAAAGUUUUCUUCCAGUACUGAACUCGAUUUAGCUCCAUGCAUAUGUUCAUCAACUCUGACCAGCUUCCUUGUCCCUGCUGAAGAAAUACUGAGAUUGAAUAAGACACAGACCGGCUCCAUUAGUUAAUUAGGUGACAUCUAAACGCAUUUGGUUGCCUGGAUUUUAUGUUGGGGUAUCAGAAUAAAUAUGGAACGCUUGUGUUUUUAAUUUGUAACAAAAACUGAGAACACUGCAUAAUUUUCUUUCCACUUAACAUUUAUGCACAACUGUGUGUUGGUCUAUCAGUAAAGAAUCUCAAUAAACAUUGAUGUUUGUGAAGUUGAGGGGGUGUGAAUACUUUUGCAAGACACUAGUUAUGAGACAAACACGAGGAGUUGCAGGAGACCCCCCUCCACAAACAAUAACAACUUUCAGCUGUAAAAUCACACCUCCACAACUGUACCGGAUCUACCUGGCAUAUGUCAAAGGAAAAUAAAAUCUAUAUUACUGUCA